UAAACUAUGGCAUCCCCUACACACAUACAUGUAACUUACUUUACGUUGACAUCACUGUCACUUUAAUUGAAAUAAACAAAACAGUCUUGUACUGCACUUAAACGGAAUAACACAUGGCGCAGCCGAAUAAGGAAUGAAAACACGGAGUGGGGCUGAAUUGAAGCAAGAUAAAAGCGAAGACAGCACGGACGACGAAGGUGAUGACUUCAAAAUGGCCAAUAGUAGCAGCACUUAUGGUAGUUUGGACGUGAGACGCCCUGAUCCCCUAAAGUUUGAUGGUAAUGUUGCAGAGCAAUGGCGUGUUUUCAAACAAAAUUUUGAUAUAUACGCCAUAGCCAUUGAUUUGGAAGAAAGAAAAGAACAGCAAAAAGUUGGAAUAUUUCUCAAUGCGUGUGGUCCAGAAACAAUUGAAAUUUUUAACACUUUUGGACUUACAGUGGAACAGAAGAAGAAUUAUGAUGCAGUUUUUGCGGCAGUUGAAAAUUACUGCACGCCAAAAAAAAAUGAGGUGUAUGAAGCUUUUAGAUUCAAUUCGCGGAAGCAGGAGGAGGGGGAGCCAUUCGAAUCGUAUUUGCUUGACUUGCGCAAAAGAGUGAAACAUUGUGGGUAUACGGACAUGGAUAGAAUGAUUCGAGACAACAUUGUUAUUGGGACAAACAGUCAAAAGCUGCAGAAAAAACUCUUAGAAACAGAAAAUUUGACUUUGAGCAGAGCCAUUGAAAUCGCGCGCGCUGCUGAGCUAGUGGACAAAUAUACAAAUGAAAUGCAACAACAAAGCAAAUGCACAACAGUGAAUGCAAUAAGAUCACACAAACAAAUUUCGCAAAAUAGCGGUGCGCGCAAUACAAUAGAAAAUACUAAAAGUUUGAGCAAAGAAAAUGUACGAGUUAAGCAUAAUUCAAGACAAAGUGCUAAUUGUAAAUUUUGUAAAGGGGUUCAUGAGUUUGGCAAAUGCCCAGCCUUCGGGAAAAAAUGCAACAACUGCGGUCGUUUAAAUCAUUUUAGCGUUGCGUGUUAUAGCUCACAAGUUCACGAAAUAAAAGAGAGUGACGAAAAAAGGGAAAGUGGCGAUGAUAUUGUUUUGCAUAAUAUUGAAGACUUAUCAGUGGGUCGGAAAAGAUGGUAUGAAAAAAUCAGAGUGAAUGAUUGCCUCAUAAAUUUUAAGUUGGAUACGGGUGCCGACGUUAAUAUUUUGCCUUACAAGUAUUUUAUAAAAUACAUGAAAAAUACGAUGCUCUAUGAAGGUGGUUUGCCACCACGCAGUUAUAGUGGAGCUGAGUUGGAUUACAAAGGUGUAAUUCAAUGUUUAGUGAUGUGCCGAAAUGAAAUAAAGACUUUACAAUUCACGGUUGUUGAUACACCAUACGAACCUUUGUUAGGACUAUCAGCGUGUGAGCAGCUUAAUCUUAUAAAGCGUGUAAACGUCAUUCGUGAAGCAACAAGGGAUGAAUUUAUACGAAACUAUAGAGAUGUUUUUGAAGGCACGGGAUGUUUUGUGACGAACUUGGAUAUCCAGGUAAAGAAAAAUUCGGUUCCGGUGGUAAAACCAGCAAGGAGAAUCCCACAGUCGUUAGCAGAAAAAGUCAAAAAUGAGUUACACAAAAUGGUAGAAAAUGGAAUAAUUGAACGCAUGGAUGGUCCUAUUGAACGUGCCUCUAAUCUUGUAGUUGUUGAGAAGAAAUCAGGUAAACUUCGUUUGUGCAUAGACCCGCAAGAUUUAAAUGCAGACAUUUUAUCGGAAAAUCAUACGAUUCCAUCAUUUGAAUCUAUAUCGGAAAAUUUUUAUACAUCGCUGAUCUGUUGUCUCGAUACUUUGAUGAGGACAAUAACGCGCCCGAUAUUGAAGAUCUUAACGAAUUCGUCCAUUCAUUAAACAUCACCGACGAACGCCUAAACAGUUUUCGAAUCGAGAUAGAAAAAGAUAAGCAUUUAACGCAGUUGAAACAAGUUUUAAUAAAUGGCUGGCCUCAUAAGAAAGAGUUGUUAUGUGACGAUAUUAAAAUGUUUUGGAAGCAUCGUUCUGAUCUGUUUUUAGAAGACGGUAUCUUAUAUUUGAAUAACAGGGUUAUUGUACCGCCUGUUUUGAGAGAAACCAUAUUAUCGCAGCUGCACGUGUCUCAUUUAGGUAUUGAAAAAACAAAAAAGCGCGCUCGCGAAUUAGUGUACUGGCCAGGAAUUGAUGGUGCUAUUGAGAAAAUGAUAACCAAUUGUGACAUAUGCCAGCGAAGUCGAUCCGCUAAUGUUAAGGAACCAAUGAUACCACACAGCAUUCCCAAUCUACCCUUUAAUAAAAUAGGCGUAGACAUUUGUGAAUUUGCAUCAAGAAACUAUUUAAUAAUAGCGGAUUAUUACUCGCGAUAUUUGGACAUAGCGCCGUUGAAAUCGAAAACAGCAACUGAGUGUAUCAAUGCACUUAGAACAUGUUUCGCCGUACACGGAUUACCUGUAGAAAUAAUUUCAGACAAUAUGCCCUUCAAUUCAUACGAGUUUAAACGAUUUUGUGAUCAAAUUGGAGCUAAAUUAACAACAACAAGCCCUGGUUAUUCGCAAUCCAACGGUUUUGCUGAGCGUUUCGUUGGGAUAGCAAAAAACUUAAUAAAGAAAACAAAUGAGAGUAAAAAAGAGUUAUGGCUGGCCUUACUCGAAUAUCGCAAUACACCGCUUAAAGAUAUUGAUGCUUCACCAGUGGAACUUUUAAUGAGUAGAAAAACCCGCACCCUUUUGCCAACAAAAACAACUUUGUUUCAACCAAGAAUCAUUCCGAAUAUAUCUAACAACAUAAAUGCAAAAAAUUACAAGUCAAAAAAAUACUACGAUCGUUCUGCAUCGCAAAAAAAAUCCUUUGUGAAGGGUGACAAGAUAUGGUAUAAGAACAACAAUAAGGGAUGGGUAAAAGCUACAAUCAUCGACACACACGAUUCACCUAGAUCAUACUGGAUCGAACUAGAAGACCAAACCAUUUACCGGCGAAAUUCGAAAUGGCUGCGAAAACGAUUAUAGUUAUUGGUAUAUUAGAAUAUUUGAACUUUUUUAAUCAUUGAAUUAUAAAUUAUUAAUGAAUUUACUUAGUAUAUGAAUUAAGAAGGGAGAUGUUAUAUAUAUGUAAACUAUGGCAUCCCCUACACACAUACAUGUAACUUACUUUACGUUGACAUCACUGUCACUUUAAUUGAAAUAAACAAAACAGUCUUGUACUGCACUUAAACGGAA